GCCGAAGUCUUCCAGGUCACUUCCAGGAGCCUCCGCCCUUGGGACAGACCUUACCUGAAGCGGAGGCUGUAGGACUCCGGACUAAGCUGGGGAUUUGCACGGAGAGAGGAUGGCAUCGUGGAGCCCUGACACCCCAUGUUCCUGCGACUGCUUUGCCUCGGUGCCCCCGGCCUCGGCCCUCCCGGCCGUGAUCUUUGCCAAGAACUCUGACCGGCCCCGGGAUGAGGUGCAGGAGUUGGUGUUUGUACCGGCAGCCACGCACGCCCCUGGGAGCCGCCUCCAGUGCACCUACAUUGAGGUGGAACAGGUGUCCAAGACCCAUGCUGUGAUCCUGAGCCGCCCUUCUUGGCUGUGGGGGGCUGAGAUGGGCGCCAACGAGCAUGGGGUCUGCAUUGGCAAUGAGGCAGUGUGGACCAAGGAGCCAGUCGGGAAAGGGGAAGCCCUGCUGGGAAUGGACUUACUCAGGCUGGCUUUGGAACGGGGCAGCUCUGCUCGGGAGGCCUUGCACGUGAUCACAGUCUUGCUGGAGCGCUACGGGCAGGGGGGCAGCUGCCGGGAGGACCCCACGCCAUUCUGCUACCACAACACUUUCCUGCUGGCCGACCGGACUGAGGCCUGGGUGCUGGAGACGGCAGGGAGGCUGUGGGCUGCACAGAGGAUCCAGGCUGAGUGCCUGGCACAGGACAGGAGCUCCAGAAUAUAUGAGCGACCCCCCAUCUCCUCCGCAGAGGGGGUCCGCAACAUCUCCAACCAGCUGAGCAUUGGCACGGACAUCUCGGCAGAACACCCUGAGCUCCGGGCCCACGCCCGGGCCCAGGGCUGGUGGGACGGGCAGGGCACCUUUGACUUUGCCCAGGUCUUCUCCCUGAGUCAGCAGCCUGUGCGCAUGGAGGCUGCCAAGGCCCGCUUCCGGGCCGGCCGGGAGCUGCUGCAGCAGCAGCAAGGGGGUAUCACGGCAGAGGUGAUGAUGGGCAUCCUCAGGGACAAGGAGAGCGGCAUCUGCAUGGACUCUGGGGGCUUCCGCACCACGGCCAGCAUGGUGUCCGUGCUGCCCCGGGACCCCUCCCAGCCCUGUGUGCACUUCCUCACUGCCACACCAGACCCGUCCCGGUCAGUCUUCAAACCUUUCAUCUUUGGGGUGGGGGCAGCCCAGGCCCCCCAGGUGCUGUCCCCCACUUUUGGAGCACAGGACCCUGUUCGGACCCUGCCUCGAUUCCAGACUCGGGUGGAUCGCCGGCACCCCCUCUACCGUGGACACCAGGUGGCCCUGGGGCUGAUGGAGAGUGAGCAGGCUCGGGGGCAGCAGCUUCGGCAGAAGCAGCGGGACCUGGAGCAGGAAGGCCUGGCGGUUGUGCGGGGGCUGCUGACCAGGGAGUGUGCUCCACCCGCCCAGGAGCUGGGCGGCCUCUUCCAGGCCUUUGUGGAGAAGGAGAGCCAGGCAUAUGCCUGAGCCUGGCCCCUCUUGACUUCGCCUGGGGUGCAGGGGGCUGUGGUGGACACAGGACCCCUGGGGUAGAGGGCUAGAGCAAUCCCCUCACCUUGCCCCCCACCCCAGCCUUGUUCUGAGUGGCCAGGUCAGCCUUCGCCCUAAUAAAUGUGUUUUAUUUUC